AGGUUGGUCUGAGAGGCUGAGAGAGAGGGAAGAAGAGGGGAAAGCUGUGCGGAGGAGGGCAAGGAGUGUCAGAGAGCGGCAGUUAGAGAGGAGGGUGCGGGCAGGAGCCGGAGGCAGCCCGCAGGAAAGAGGAAAGGAAGCCCCGGGUCAGGGGACGGACGGAAGCUGAUAGGGGCUGCGACUGAAGGUUGCCGUGUGAGGAGGAGAAGAUGGCGGACGGGGAUAGCGGGAGCGAGAGAGGGGGCAGCAGUGGAGGAGGAGGGGGCCCCGGCGGCUUCCAGCAACACAUGUCCCGGGACCAGGAGACCCAGGAGCUGGCCUCCAAGCGGCUGGACAUCCAGAACAAACGCUUCUAUCUAGACGUCAAGCAGAACGCUAAGGGGCGCUUCAUUAAGAUCGCCGAGGUCGGGGCCGGGGGCUCUAAGAGCCGCCUCACUCUCUCCAUGGCCGUGGCUGCCGAGUUCCGCGACUACUUGGGCGACUUCAUCGAGCAUUACGCCCAGCUGGGCCCUAGCAGCCCCGAACAGAUCGCACAGUCCUCCGGAGAGGACGGCUCCGGGGCUGGGGGACCCCGACGUGCCCUUAAGAGCGAGUUCCUGGUCCGAGAGAACCGCAAGUACUACUUGGACCUGAAGGAGAACCAGCGGGGUCGCUUCCUGCGCAUCCGCCAGACCAUAAAUCGGGGCCCCGGCUUUAGCGGUGGGGCUGGCGGCGGAGCCGGCCUGCAGAGCGGGCAGACCAUUGCACUCCCAGCCCAGGGCCUCAUCGAGUUCCGCGACGCCCUGGCUAAGCUAAUCGACGACUACGGCGGUGAAGACGACGAGCUCGGAGUGGGGCUGGGCCCUGGCGGGGGAGGAGGAGCCGGCGGCAUGUACGGAGAGUUGCCCGAGGGCACGUCCAUCACCGUGGACUCCAAACGCUUCUUCUUCGAUGUUGGCUGUAAUAAAUACGGCGUGUUCCUGCGGGUGAGCGAGGUGAAGCCCAGCUAUCGCAACUCCAUCACCGUGCCCCUGAAGGCCUGGGGCAAGUUUGGCGGCGCUUUCUGCCGCUAUUCCGAGGAGAUGAAGGAGAUCCAGGAGAGGCAGCGCGAAAAGAUGUACGACCGGAGAGGGCCUGGGGAAAGGGGCGGCGGCCUCAGCUCCGGGGGAGGAGGGGACGACUCGGAGACGGAAGAUGUGGACGACGAUUGAACGGAAAAGAUGAGGCCGGAGGGGGGGGGGGAUUGAGGAGAGGGAGGUCAGUAACCCACACACUCAUUACAGUUAUAGGAGCACAUAGAUGGGGGAGGGGGUCAGUAGUAUCCAGGUGACGUGAAAUAGGUCCAUUCACUAUGGUCAGCAGCCAUGCAUAGUACCGCAGGGUAUCUGGGUAAAUAUCCCACAGCAUGUAUGAAAAA